AUGACCGCAACCAAACGAAAGGCAGCUGAAGAAGCUCAGAGGCAGCUGAAGAGGAUACAUCUAUCCGAUCCGGCAGGCCAAGAUGAAUUACUCGAUUCCGACCCUAACUGCGAUUCCUCGUCCAUCGUUGACGAAAUUGUAUAUUCGGAUGAUGAGCUACACCCAACACCAUUGACACCCUUUUCACCUGCUUCCUCGAAAUACCCGUCUGAGCUGAAGACACACCUCUGUCCCUACUCCGGCUGCAACAAGGCCUUCAACCGUCCGGCGCGGCUUACUGAGCAUAUACGAUCUCAUACCAACGACCGGAUAUUCGCCUGUACCUAUGAAGGAUGCGAAAAGAACUUUCUUCGCGCCUCCCAUCUUAAUCAUCAUGUUAAGAGUGCGCACACCCUUAUUCGAGACUAUGUCUGCGAGCGUGAAGGUUGUGGGAAGGCGUUCGCUACGGGAUCCAGGCUCAGGAGGCACCUUGCAGCCCAUGAAGGGCGGGAUAAAUACACAUGCACGGAAAUGGCUGACGGGGAGGAGGGAAAGCAAUGCGGAGAGUCGUUCAGGAAGCAUUCUACACUGUUGAAGCAUGUCAUGACCGUUCAUCUCGGGCAGAGGCCAUUUCCUUGCCAAGUUAUACUUGAUUCAGGCAAGGCCUGUACCGCUGCAUUUGAUACUGCGGGCCAUCUGAAAGCUCACGAAAGCAGAGUACACGGAGAGGCACGGUUUACGUGUACAGAGUGCAUUGGCAAUACCGAGUUCGAGGAGGGAAUGGGGGAUGGAAAGCAAUAUAACUUUGCAACCUAUGCCCUGCUACAGUCACACAUGCGCUCCGUACAUCCUCCAACAUGUCCUAGCUGUGCCCAUACAUGCUCGUCAGCAAAGGAAUUACGUCGGCACAUGGAAAUAUCACACGGGACUGUGUCUGUGGAAGAUCGUCGGACCUACCCCUGUCAACAUCCCGGGUGUGAUCGCAGCUUUACGAAAAAAGGCAAUCUCAACGUCCAUGUUAAGACGGUCCACGAAGGCGAGAAGCGCUUUGCCUGCGGCGAGACUGAUCUCUCUACGUCUAAAAAAGUGGGCGGGUGGAAUGGCAUGGAUGCCUGUGGGAAGAGGUAUGGGAGUAAGCUUGCCCUGGAAGAGCAUGUGAGGACAGCACAUAUGGGAUUCCGGAAUGCCAGGGCCGAGAGGAAAGCAAGAGCCGGUGGCCCUGCGGCUACCGGCGCAUCGGAAUCUGGAUCGAAGCGUACGGGCCUAUCGAAUGUCGCUUUGCUUACUGGUCAAGGAUACGCGGAGGAGUCAGUCAACCGCCAGAUACCUUGUCUACUAGCCGAGUGUGAGCAUAGAUUCCACCGAGACUACGAUCUCUGGCUGCAUAUGAGUGCAAGACACGGCAUGGAUGAGAAUGAAGUGCAACUCCUCUUUAUGCAGCGAGCUAUGCAGGGCGGAAACGAGAGCUUUGACAGGCCGUCAUUCGAGUAUGAGAUGGACAUGAUAGGAGGCCUUGAUGAAGUUGGCGCUGCUGAUGACGGUGGUGGUGGCAGUGGCAGCAGCUGCCUUAUCGACGAUUCGGAGGGCAGAUAUGCAUAUCCUCGACCCGAUGCUAGCGUCGAUGAGAUCAUGGCAAGCCACGACGAUGCCCAGGAACGGGUCAAGGACGAUCAGCUAAGCGGGUUGGGCGGGCUUGUAGACCCGCUUCUGACGUACGCUUCCUUGGAGUCGUGA